UUAUACAGAUGGGAAAGCAGGCCUCAGAGUGGGAUCUGACUUGCCAGAGGUCGAACGGGAGGCCGGUGGCAGAGUAGGGUCGCAGUGAUCCUGGUCUGUGACUCCCCGCCUGUGCCCUUUCCCCAGCGCAGGGAAAGAACCAGAGCUUUCAGCCUUUAGUCUGUUCUGACCUUUUUUUCCAGCGUCCCUGACCAAACCCUACCCCUGGACCUGCUGGGUAGAAAGGCAUUGGUGUGUGUGUGUGUGUGUGUGUGUGUGUGUGUGUGUGUGUAUUUUAUACGUGUACGUACAUUAUUUAUAUAUCUCUAUAUAUCUAUCUAAUUUUCUCCAGUACGUGUCUAGUUCUUGGGUACAGAUGGCAGUGGUAUGCGUGUGUCUGUGUACCUCCAGUAUGUGCCUGAUUCCUCCUUUCGUCCCCACAGCCAAUGAGGUGCUUAUUUUCCCACUUUAUGGAUGGGAGAAGGACUAACCCGGGGCUAUGUUGUGAGUUCCUGGCAGAGCUGACCCUACACCUUGGCGUUUCAGCCCCUGAGACCGUCAGGACUUUCUUAGUACAGGGUCUGGGCUCAUCUACCCUAGGAACAUCCACCUUUAGCGCUGGAAACUUCACAGACUCACUUCCCUUCGCUUCAGCAGUGAUACAGUGAUCCUCUUGCUGACUCAGCCCUUUUCCACUCCCUUCGUUGGCUCCUUGCCUCUUUUCCAGGAGUCAUUGCACCCAAGAUGCUGCCACCUGACUCUCAGGACUGUCAGUCUUGGAGCUGGAGGUGGCGGUGACAGAGGGACUUGGGAAGGAAUGACUUUCCUGGGCUCUUGUGCAGAGCUGCGGCCCUGCCCAGGCCUGGACUUUGUGGUCCUGGGUGGGAGGAAGGACUUGGUUCGUGAAAUAUCGGCCGCUGAAGUGAGAGUCUUUGUUCUUGGUGGUCCUAGUGGCCAGAAAGGCUUUUUUCCUCGAUUAUCUUGGAAACUGGCUUGGUGCCUUUGUAGUUUCCAUUAGGUGGAACAUUUCAUUUUAGACUUGUUCAUGUAGAUAAGCAGUUGGUCUGAUUUCUUGACUGCCAUGUGCUCUUGGCACUGUUCUAGGGGCUUUGUGAACAUACUGGAUUCUGAGAAUACUUCAAGGUAGGUGGUGAUCCCAUUUUAUGAUGAAAAGUGAGUUGUAGAGGUGUUACAUAAUUUGGUCACACAGCCAGGAAGUGGCCGAAUUGGGAUUUUUUAACCCGGUAGUCUCAUUUCAAAGCUCAUGUGUUUGCUGGACCUUAAGAGUAACCUGUGAUGCAGGGCACCUGGGUGCCUCAGUCGGUUAAGUAUCGGACUCUUGAUCUCAGCCCAGGUCUUGAUUUCAGGGUUGUGAGUUCAAGCCCUGUGUUGGGCUCCACGCUGGGCGUGAAGCCUACUUCAACAACAACAUUAAAAAAAAAAAAUCAUCUGUGAUGCUUGUUGAAAAUACAGAGUCAAACCUCUGGAGAUUUGUCUGGAGGGGUCCCAGGAAUCUGUAUUUUUAACACAUGCAUGGAGUAAUUCUUACUGUAAGUCAGAUUUGUGAAGCACCACCUUUUUUUUUCAUUAAAAACUUUUAAAUGUUUAUUUAUUUUUGAGAGAGAGAGGGAGGGGCAAAGAAAGAGGGAGACACAGAAUCUGAAACAGGCUCCAUGCUCUGAGCUGUCAGCACAGAGGCCGACACGAGGCUUGAACUCAUGAACUGUGAGAUCAUGACCUGAGCCUCAGUUGGUUGCUUAACUGACUGAGUGGGAAGCACCACCUUCAGGGGCUUGUAGAUUUUUGUUCUUGGAAUUGAGAUUAUUUCUAAGGAUUCUCGCUUUCUUUUUACUUACUGCUGUGCAAUUUGCUACUCCGACAUAGAUCUGCUGUUGAGAGGGCAUCAGGCUAACUAGCCAUGCGGAUCAUUUCCCGAUACUUUUGGCCAGGACCAGUAGGGUUUUUCCAGGCUGACAUCAUUAGGUCAUUGAAGACCUUGUUUUAAUCCCACUGGAUCUCUGUUGUUCCAAAAUUCUGUUAGUUUCUGCUCAGAGUUUGGACUUUUCACAAGGUUCCGGUUUGUUCCUGGAUAGUUGCCCUGUAACAGAGAUCUCUGUCGUGGCGAUGUCUCUGAGGAUUCGGGAGCUUUCAAAGGCAUGUUACUUCACAGGUGCUCCCUCCACUGCGUUUCUCUUUCCCUUCGCUGGUUUCUGUGAAAGACUUGAGCAAAUACCAAACAGGGAGGAUGGAGACACUAAAAGACAAGACCUUGGAGGAGCUGGAGGAAAUGCAGAACGACCCGGAGGCCAUUGACCGGCUGGCCCUGGAGUCCCCUGAGGUCCAGGACCUGCAGCUGGAACGAGAGAUGGCUCUGGCCACCAACCGCAGCCUGGCCGAGCGGAACCUGGAGUUUCAAGGUCCCCUGGAGAUCAGCCGCUCAAACCUCUCGGACAAGUACCAGGAGCUGCGGAAGCUCGUGGAGCGGUGCCAGGAGCAGAAGGCGAAGCUGGAGAAGUUUGCUUCAGCGCUGAAGCCAGAGACCUUGUUAGACCUUCUGCAGAUCGAAGGCAUGAAGAUUGAAGAAGAGUCUGAGGCCAUGGCCGAGAAGUUCCUGGAGGGCGAGGUGCCCUUGGAAACGUUUCUAGAGAACUUCUCCUCCAUGAGGAUGCUGUCUCACCUGCGCAGGGUGCGCGUGGAGAAGCUUCAGGAUGUGAUGAGGAAGCCCAGAGUUUCCCAGGAGCCGGCUGGUGACGCCCCUCCUCCGCGCCCCCCGCCCCCGCCUCGCCCGGCCCCCCCGGCGACACCCCCUGUGGCCGAAGAGCCGCCCCCGCCACCGGCGGCCGUGCCUCCCUACCCUUUGCCCUACAGCCCGUCUCCUGGCAUGCCCGUGGGCCCCACCGCCCAAGGCGCGCUCCGGCCGGCCCCCUUCCCCGUGGUGUCCCAGCCCUCCUUUUCCUACAGUGGGCCUCUGGGCCCCCCUUACCCGUCAGCCCAGCCGGGACCCCGGGCUGCCGCGGGCUACCCCUGGUCCCCACAAAGGAGCACGCCCCCCCGGCCAGGCUAUCCCGCGGCCCCCACUGGUGCCUCUGGCCCCGGAUACCCCUUGGCGGGGAGCCGGGCCCCCAGUCCUGGCUAUCCUCAACAGACCCCUUACCUCUCGACUGGAGGAAAACCUCCUUACCCAACACAGCCCCAGCUCCCCAUCUUCCCAGGCCAGCCCCAGCCCUCAGGCGUCCCCCAGCCGCCCUACCCUCCCGGGCCUGCCCCUCCCUAUGGGUUUCCACCACCUCAGGGGCCCUCCUGGCCCGGGUAUUAGACACAGUCCCGGCCCUCGGCCCUUCCCUACUUCUACGUGUACCGCAACCUUUGGCCCGCCCACCACUGAGAUUCGAGGUUAAAUUGCAAGUGGACUUGGGUCCUCCUUGUGGACUUGUGUCAGCACGUGGGAGCCUCGGGGGACCUGGUCGGGAGCGUGCAGGCCCGGAAAGGCGCCGGCAGCGUGACUGGCUUGGCCGCACCAGACGGUCACGGCACUUAGUGGCCUCCUGGGGGAGGGGAGCGCCUCCUUUUGGUGACUGGCUUCAGCUUUUCUGGUGCUAGCCGGGCGGGGAGCUCGGUGCCUCCCCCGUGGGUGUCCGUGUGAGUGGGCAGGUGCGUGUGCUCGCGGGCACGCACUUGUGCUUGCACUCACGGACACCGGAACCCAAUGCAAUUAUCUUCGUGACGAGGGGGGCUCCGGCCCCCGCUCACCCCCUGCCUCUCUCCUGGGAUCUCGCACAUUCAACCUGGUGCCCACAGCAAGGGACGCGACUCUGCGUCCGUCUGGUCCAUUCAAGGAUGGCCUGGAGCUAGAGUGGGACUUCAGGGGAGGGAACAGUAAGGAGAAACACUGAUUUUUAAAUCACACAAAGCCAUAAUUGAACUCCGAUAGGUUGAUGUCAGAUAAGCUUGUCCCGCGUGCUGGUUUGAACGACGGCAGCAGAGCCAGAGCAGCGAGAAAGCGGGGGGCUGUGAAGGUGGACCCCAGAAUCUGAGGCAGAAUCUGGAGGGAAGGGGCCAGCUCCGGCCCAGGAGAUGGUGUCGCACCGGACUCCUUUAGGAAUGGAGCAGCCGCCCUCUCUUCUCUGGGGCCCUCCACUUCCGGUUGACUGCUGAGGCCCGCCCCAUCCAUCCGCUCCUUUAGUGCCUUGAAUCUCAUCCGCAGCAGCCCCCUCCCUCCGUCUGCUGCCUCUGGCUCCCUCGUGUAACUCCCCACCCCGGCACCCCUCCUGAGACACACAUUAAAGGAUGCCCUAACAGCGACUUCCCAAGUGGUGCUUCCUCAGACACCGUGACCGUCACCGGGUCAGAGUCCGCUCCUCUGCUUCCCUCUUGUCGUCAGAAUGUAAAGGGCAGGGAUUGGGACUCGCGCCGCCUGCAGCCCCCACCCCGGGCACACCGGGGAUGUUGAGCGUGUUCGGUGAUAACAGAGACAAUAGACCAAAGGGGUGUGGUGAGCGGAGCUUUACCUUGGUUGUUCCAGAUGGGAUCCAGGUCUCGAGGGCAGACUCUGGAGCUGCUAUCGGCCAGGAAGUCAUAUGUGCCUUGAAAUGUCCACUACUUGAGUACCCAGCGUCCGGUGGGCCUGGGGUGCUGGGGGCCAACGAGGAAACUCGACUUUCCGGUGCCUGCCCCCCUCCCCGGCCCACGCACCAUCGGUGGGUGUUCGCGACGAGACGCUCCAUUCGCUGUUGGGUCCUUGCCAAUUGUUCUUGCUUCUCGUAAGUUAUUUAUCAAGAGAAAUCACUAAUGGACUCUACUGGUUCGAGUGCUUCUGAACUGGAUGACCGAUCGCCGGUGUGUUUGUGUAAUUAAUGGCCAUAAUAAACUUCGAUGAGUUACAA